AAUAAUAAUAAUAAUAAUAAUAAUAAUAAUAAUAAUAAUAAUAAUAAUAAUAAUAAUAGCACCUCGUUCUCUUCUUUCUCGUCGGCGGUGAGCAAUAGCGAUGAAGACCACGUACGGACAACUACAGUAACGACAUCUAUAACAGCAACAACACCAACAACAAACACGACUUCUACCGUCAACAACAAUAACAACAACAAAACUAACAGCGUUGCAAACACAACAAUUGCGACGUUAACAACAUCAUCAUCGUUAUCAUCAGCGUCACCAUCAUCGUCAUCAUCAUCAUCGUUAUCACCGCUAUCAUCAUCAUCAACAACUACUUCUACAACGUCAACGGUUGCUAAUCAUCGCAAUCGCAACAGCAACAACAACAACAGUAAUAAUCAUGUCCAUUCUGUCCAUCGCACCGGCCACUCACACCACCACCCACACUACCACCACCACCAUCACUAUCAUCAUCACCAAACAACAACAACACCAACACCAACACCACCAACAACAGACAACAACAAACGGUUGGCGGUCAACGAUGACACGGCUAGCGAUACAGCAACCGUAACAGCAACAACAUCGACUGUAACAACAACCACAACAACAACAACAACAGCAUCAACGACACCACCACCACCACCACCACCACCACGAACCACAACAACAACGCCAACAGCAAUAACAACAACAACAACAACAACGGUAAUACCGUCGCCCCCAACACCGCCUCCAUCGUCCACCCCAACGCCAACACCACCACCACCAUCAUCGCAACCACCCUCACCACCAUCAUCAUCAUCACCGUCACCGACAAGCCUAGCAACAACAACAUCAACAACAAUCGUGGUCAAAGACAACAAACUCAGCCCCACACACAUAUCGAAAAUCUCCCCCAAUAAACAAUACCCGCGUAUCGAUCGCAUCGAUCACUUGGACUACUACCACCCGCACUACAACAAUAGCACGCACCACCACCGCGACAUCCACCUGCACCAUCACAACAACAACACUAAAAACACCAGUUAUGAAACAAGUAAUAUUAUUAACAACAGCAAUGGUCGUUUCUACCGCGGUCACCACCCGCUUCGUACCCCACAGUUGCAAAACACACAGAAUAGCCACCACCAGCAUCAUCAUCCACAACAACAACAACACCAUCCUCAUCAACCACUCCAACAACAACAAUCACAGCAACAACAAUCACAACAGCAUCAUCAUCAUCAACCGCAUCAACAGUACAACAGCCAACAGGCGAGUCGGAGAAGCUUUACCGGUAACCAUCGCAGCGCUCGCAUUACGGCCACCACGAUUUCGAACGGGGCUCGCAUCGUCCGGCCGUGGGACACUGGGGCGGACAGUGAUAAUAACACGUCGUCAGAUGUGGAAGGUGAGGAUGAAGGGGAAGAGGAUGGGGAGGAUGAGGAUGAAGAGGAAGAAAUUAAUGUUGAUGAUGAUGCUCCGAUUCCGUCCAUCGUGAAAACAGUUUCGCCACUGGAUGCUCUUAUGGAAAUGGCUAAUAAAACGUUCGAAGGGUUGGAAACGACGGAUUCUGUCGAUGCUAAAAGGAAAGAACAAGCUGCUCUCUUUGGUAAGCAUCAACCACCAAAGAAACGGCGGAAAUCUCGAACGGCCUUCACGAACCAACAGAUUUACGAGUUGGAGAAAAGAUUCCUUUAUCAAAAAUAUUUGACGCCAGCAGACAGAGACGAAAUUGCGUUAAAUCUCGGUUUGACUAACGCUCAAGUGAUUACGUGGUUUCAAAACAGAAGAGCGAAGUUAAAGCGUGACUUGGAGGAGAUGAAAAAUGAUGUGGAACAUGCUAAAACCGUUGCGGGGCCAACACAUCUAUUAAAUCUGGGGUUGGUGGCGCAACAGAAAUAUAAAUGUGUCUCACGGCAACAGCUUCAAAUUGAAGAGGACGACAAAAUGGAAAGCAAAGAAAACACCAUCUCAUAGCUGUGCGUGUGUGAGCGCGUGUGUGUGUAUGUGUGUGUGUGUAUGUGUGUGUGUGUAUGUGCGUGCGUGCGCGUGUAUUCGUGUAUAUGCAUGUGUGUGUGUACAGUCAUACGCAAACAUAUAUAAGUGUACAUAUAUAUAUAUAUAUAUGUGUGUGUGUGUGUGUGUGUGUGUGCGCG